GUAUCGCCGAAAAUCGUAGCGUUGUGCAUCUCCCUACUGAUCUCUGCUAAAACUGUAACGUUGUGCAUCUCCGUACUCAUCUCGGCUUCCAACAUAUGAACUUUAAUCUCUCUAAUAUUACUUACUCGCAGGUUGCAGUAAAUAAUAGGGAGCAAUGGCAGCCUGGAUUGUUGUGACUACAAGGCUUAAAAAGGGUUUAAAAAUCAUCGAUCGAGUGGAUAGUGGGAAAUUUCGCCUUCUCGUUAACCGUAUCUGUCAAAGCUUACAAUCAGGCAGUAAUACGAAAGUAUUUAGUGCUGAAGAAGAAGAGAAAUUAUCAAUCUCUCUUGAUCUAAAUAAAGAUGAUCUGAGUUUGCUGUUAGACACAGUUACGUUAAUUUAUACGCAAGCUGCUUAUAGUAUUGUAAAACCAGCAGUUAUGGAAGCAUACAUGAAGGAUCCUCUUAAUAUAGAAGAUGACAAAGUUGUUAUUUUAUUAAAUGCAUGGGUCAUGUAUGCCAAAGGAAUUAUCGAUGUCCUAAGACAAAAAUCUAUAUUUCAUACUCAGGUGAACGAUAUUAAUUGGAGUCUGAAUAUGCAAUCAUCGUCAUCAGGAAUCAGCAAAGAAGCACGACCACUUGUUUUGCUUCAAUUAGGUUUAACUGGCACACCAGCGACAAAUUUGACAGUCGAAAUGAACAAACAGGACUUAUCUACACUUUAUCAGAAUUUAGAGAAAAUUCAAGCUCAAUUGGAUGCUCUUAAAUAAAUGUAUGUAUACAGUAUAAAGCUUGCAAUUAUAAAAUCUAGGAGAAAUAGACAAUUCGAAAAGUUUUGAUUAUUCAAAACUACAGUCGUACUCGCAAAUUUUAUAGUAAUCAUAAGUUGAUAUAUCUUUUUUAUUAAUAACGAUGUAACUUAUACUUUUAUGCCUAAUCCUGUUUUUACAGGUAUACUUAUUCAAUAUAAUUUGAUUUACGACAGAA